ACGAAAACCUUAACAUUUAAGCAACAAUCACUUUUUAAUACACGAUUUCUUCUCUGUCUUUGAAUCUUCCAUCUUGAUCAUGGCCGAAAACGCUGUUACAGUUUAUAAUCAACCAGAGGCUCAAACCGAACAAGAGAAGUUAAAGUACCUAACUUUCGUCCAAGAAGCAGCAAAGCAUGCAGCUCCAUACGCAUCAAAAGCCUAUGAUUACGCUAAAGAAAACAGCGGUUCACUCAAACCACGCGUAGAGGCAAUAGAAGGCACUCUCAAAACCGUUAUUAGCCCUGCAUGUGAUACAUUCCAUAAUGUCCCUGGUGAAGUACUCAAGUUUGUUGAUCGCAAGGUUGAUGAGUCUGUUGCCAAAGCCAUGUCUACAAAUGUCGCCAAGGACAUCAAGAACCAUGGAGUUGUUGAAACAGCAUCUGGGCUUGCGAAAUCUGCAUACACGAAGCUAGAGCCGAGUGCAAAAGAGCUGUUGGUGAAAUAUGAGCCAGUUGCAGAGCAACAAGCAGCUUCAGCUUGGCACUCUCUUAAUAAAAUGCCAUUGUUUCGUAGUGUGGCUAAGGUGGUUAUACCAGCAGCUGCUUACUUGUCUGAAAAGUACAAUGAGACUGUUCAGCAAACAGCGGAGGAAGGAUACCAGGUUUCUUCAUAUCUGCCAUUGGUGCCUACUCAGAAGAUUGCUAAGGUGUUCAAGUCUCCGGAGCAAGAAGCAGAAUUUGAACCAGAACCAGUGGUGCAUGGUGGAGAAGGAGCUGUGGUGGCGCAUUGAUUAUAAUAUUAUUAUUGGUUGUGGUUUAUUUGGCAAUAUUUCUCGUUUUCUGUCAAGUUUACCUGAAAUGAGAUACACGAUCGAGUGAUGGUUGAGAUGGUAAAUUUUAAUGUAGGUUUUCAAUGUAAUUUGGGUUAUUAU